GGGUCGGUGAUGAAAACCGGCGCCGGUGCCGGCCUCCUCUUCAUCUCACCCCUCGGCGAACACAUACGGUACGUAAUCCGGUUGCAUUUCCCCGCUUCGAACAACAUGGCGGAGUAUGAGGCCCUCCUUGGUGGCCUCCGCAUUGCCAUCGAACUUGGCGUCAAAUGCCUCGACAUACGCGGGGACUCUCAACUUGUCGUCGAUCAAGUCAUGAAGGAGUCUAGCUGUCACGACCCGAAGAUGGAGGCGUACUGCAACGCAGUACGCCGCCUCGAGGACAAGUUCGACGGCCUUGAGCUCAAUCAUGUCCCGCGCAAGUAUAACGAGGACGCCGACGAACUGGCCAAGAUAGCUUCAGGGCGGACCACCGUCCCCCCGAACGUCUUCGCUCGCGACAUCUCCAAGCCUUCCGCCGAAUUCAAGGACCCGCCGGAGCCGGGCCCCUCGUCCACCGGGUCCCCCGGCGGGAACCCCCCGGCGGACGGGGUCGAGCCCAUGGACAUUGACUUUGGGACCACCUCCGUGGACGAGGCCGAAGCAAUGGAAGUCGACGAGGCCCCCGCUUCGCGAGACUGGCGCGUCCAGUAUCUAGACUGGAUGAUUCGAGGGAACCUACCCCCGGACCGCGCUCAGGCGCGACGUCUCGCCAGGCGGGCCAAGUCCUUCGUUCUAAUCGACAACGAGCUACACAAGCGUGGCCCCUCGGGUGUCCUGCAACGUUGCAUUCCCAUCCCCGAGGGCAAGGAGCUGAUCCGCGACAUCCAUGCUGGCAUCUGCGGCCACCACGCCGCGCCACGCACCCUCGUGUGUAACGCGUUUCGCCAAGGCUUUUACUGGCCCACCGCAGUCGCCGACGCCACUGACGUCGUGCGGACUUGCGAGGGUUGCCAGUUCUACGCCCGAAAAACACACCUCCCGGCCCAUGCUCUGCAGACCAUCCCCGUCACGUGGCCGUUCGCCGUGUGGGGGCUGGACCUCUUCACAGGCAAGAAGUUCUUGGCGUUCUGCGACAGUUUCCACAUACGUGUGGACUGGUCAGCUGUGGCACAUCCACAGACGAACGGGCAAGUGGAGCGUGCCAAUGGCAUGAUCCUCCAAGGACUAAAGCCGAGGAUCUUCAACAAGCUGAACAAAUUCGGCCGAAGGUGGCUCACAGAGCUACCCUCGGUCAUCUGGAGCCUGAGGACGACC